CGCUGCAUGUCGGCAUCAGAAUACAUAGAUAUGAUAUAUGGAUAGGUAGCAUAGCCUCCUACUAGCAACAAGAAGAGAGGAGCAGAGCAGAGCAGCCUGUAGAGGAGAGGCAGAGGCAGAGGCAAUGGCGGCCGCGGGGCCUUCCGCCGCGCUGGUCCUGCUCUUGUGCUCCGUCGCCGCGGUGGCCUUGGCCGACGCCGCCGGCACGCCGGACGGCUCCGAGGAGUGGGGCUACGUCCAAGUCCGACCCAAGGCGCACAUGUUCUGGUGGCUCUACCACAGCCCGCAGCGCGUGGACACGACGCCAUGGCCGACCGUGCUCUGGCUGCAGGGAGGCCCUGGCGCGUCCGGCGUCGGGUACGGCAACUUCAUGGAGAUCGGGCCGCUGGACGACGAGCUCAAGCCCCGCGCCACCACCUGGCUCGCCAAGGCCGACCUCCUCUUCGUCGACAACCCCGUCGGCACCGGCUUCAGCUACGUCGACGGCGGCGACAGGAGCCUCAUGGCGCGCACGGACGCCGAGGCGGCGCGCGACCUCACCGCGCUGCUCUGCGCGCUCUACCGCGACAAACCCCGCCUCCGGGCCAGCCCGCUCUACAUCGUCGCCGAGUCCUACGGCGGCAAGUUCGCCGUCACCACGGCGCUGGCCGCGCUCAGGGCCAUCGACCAGGGCCGCCUCCGCGCCAACCUCGCCGGGGUCGCCCUCGGAGACAGCUGGAUAUCGCCCCUCGACUUCGUGUUGUCGUGGGGGCCCUUGCUGUACCAAGUGUCCAGGGUCGACGAGAUGGGCCUGCAGCAAUGCAACAGUGUGUCAGCCAAGAUCAAGGACCAGGUGGAGAAGAAGCAGUUCACGGACGCCGAGGCGUCGUGGUCGGAGCUGGAGAACGCCGAGUCUACGGAUCACCGAUUCACCGUCUGCUUGUUAUACCCGAUUGCCAAUUUGACUUCUUCUAUUUUUAUGCUCGAUCUCAUCUGCGCCACCAAAGGCACCAUGGACUGGGUUCAGAAGCUCAAGUGGGGCGGCCUCAACAGCUUCAUCAACUCGCCCAGGACGCCCAUCUACUGCAGCAAGGAAGGCCAGUCCGGCACCCAAGCCUUCGUCAAGUCGUACAAGAAUCUCAAAUUCUACUGGAUACUCGGAGCUGGACACAUGGUUCCCAUCGACAACCCAUGCCCUGCACUCAAGAUGCUGGCUGACAUUACGCGAUCUCCUGCCAAGGAGUAGGAGUACAGAGCUGGCCUGACACCAAUUCUUCAAGAUUCUUUUCCUGUUUAAUUAGUUUUGUAGUAGUACUCCAUUUAGUUUUCUUAAUUUACACAAAUACAGUCAUGCAGAAAAAAAAAAGUAAGCAGUGCGAGCUGGUGAUGAUAGUAUAAAUUUACUGUUGUACCAAGCAGACAUGCAAGGAAUACAAAAGAAAGGGAUAUGACAUGACAGAGA